GUCAUGUCCAAUAACCCUUGAUCCGGAAGCACCUUGCUUGACGCCGCUCAGUGUGGACUACCACCGCCAUCAUGUCGGACAACGAGGACAAUUUUGAUGGAGAUGAUUUCGAUGAUGCUGAUGAAGAUGAAGGAAUGGAUGACCUGGACAAUGCGGAGGAGGAAGACCGUGAGAAUGUGGAGAUUCUUCCCGCUGCAGAUGGUCAGCAGGCCAAUCAGAAAAGGAUCACAACGUCAUACAUGACCAAGUAUGAGCGAGCCCGUGUGCUGGGCACACGUGCCCUUCAGAUUGCGAUGUGUGCACCAGUCAUGGUGGAGCUGGAAGGGGAGACAGACCCGCUGCAGAUUGCAAUGAAGGAGCUAAAAGCACGAAAAAUUCCAAUUAUUAUCCGAAGAUAUCUGCCAGAUGGAAGCUAUGAGGACUGGGGAGUGGAUGAAUUGAUCAUUGCAGAUUGACCCACUAUCGCUGCUCAGGCACUUACCACCUUUGUUGUGUUCAAAUGUUCUUUAUAUUUUUACUGUGAAUUUUUGUAAAAUAAACCUUCCUUUGAACCAUCAGGGCAUCUGAUUCUGCACCGUGUCUGAGAGAGUCGCAGUUAAAGCUGUAGCUCCAAAUUCAAACGUGAACAGGUCAUUAAUCUGACACUUGUGGGCAGACACGGACAGACACAGGCACUGCAUCAAAUACACUGGCAUUAGGUACAGAGGGAGCACUCUCUGUACUGGGGACAAUGUAGAGGAAGCUUCAGUCUGUAUCUCCAAGUCAUGCUGUCCCUGUCCUGGGAGGGUUUGAUGGGGACAGUGUAGAGAGAUCUUUACUCUGCAUCUAACCCCGUGCUGUCCCUGUCCUGGGAGUGUUUGAUGGGGGACAGUGUAGAGAGAGCUUUACUCUGUAUCUGACCCUGUGCUGUCCCUGUUCCUGGGAGUGUUUGAUAGGGGACAGUGUAGAGAGAUCUUUACUCUGUAUCUAACCCCUGCUGUCCCUGUUCCUGGGAGUGUUUGAUGGGGACAGUGUAGAGGGAGCUUUACUCUGUAUCUAACCCUGUGCUGUCCCUGUCCCUGGGAGUGUUUGAUAGGGGACAGUGUAGAAGGAGCUUUACUCUGUAUCUAACCCCGUGCUGUCCCUGGGAGUGUUUGAUGGGGACAGUGUAGAGGGAGCUUUACCCUGUAUCUAACCCUGUGUUGUCCCUGUCCCUGGGAGUGUUUGAUGGGGACAGUGUAGAGGGAGCUUUACUCUGUAUCUAACCCUGUGCUGUCCCUGUCCCUGGGAGUGUUUGAUGGGGACAGUGUAGAGGGAGCUUUACUCUGUAUCUAACCCUGUGCUGUCCCAGUCCCUGGGAGUGUUUGAUGGGGACAGUGUAGAGGGAGCUUUACUCUGUAUCCAGCCCUGUGCUGUCCCUGUCCCUGGAGUGUUUGUGCUGUCAGGGGGACACAGUCUUACCUUUUGCUUAGAGUUUGACAGAAGAGGAGUAUUUUUUGAGACUGAAUCAGUUGCUUCAAAUUAAAAACGAUUAUCGAAUUGUUGCUUUUGCCGCCCUCAAGUGGCCGCAGCAUUGAACUGCUCUUAGCUCUGGCGGACAUUUUCUCUCUGAUUAGAGAUGAAGAGGGUGUCAGUACUUGGGGUUGUGACUGGCUGAGAGCUUCUUUUAAUUGGGCAACAUAUUGCCGAGGCAUAUUCGCAGAUCUUUCACGUGUUAGAAUCACUCCAUAUAAUUGAACUUCCUUCUCGAACGCAGCAGUUUGUGCAGUGAAGGUGGCCCCUCCAAUGCUCUGAGAAUUGAAAUAAAAUUAUAUUUCCAAGCCUUCCUCCUUGGGAACACUUUUCGAUGAUUGCUAUUGUAAUGUUGGAUAUAUGACAAUAAAAUUGUGGACAGCAGUGA